UUUCCGAACAAGUCCAUCCGGAAUGUGAAAGUGGGAAAGCUAGAUUGUGAUGCAUCUUAUGGAAAUGAAUUGAUCAUUAAUGAACAUCAGAUUGAAUGGCACAGAGGUUUCAAUCAGGUUCUUCCAGUUUCUCUAUGUAACGAAUACUGUCAGCCUGGAUAUUGGAAGAGAAAAUCUGAACAGAAAAGCUUCUGCUGCUAUGAUUGUGUUCCAUGUCCUCAGGGGAAGAUUUCAACCAAGAUAGACACAGAAGAUUGUUUCAAAUGUCCUGAAGAUCAGUAUCCAAGCAUGAAGCAAGAUCGAUGCCUUAACAAAACAACAAGUUUCCUAUCCUUUGAAGAACCUUUAGGAAUGAGUCUGGCUUCAGCUGCUGUUUUCUUUUCCCUCAUGACAACCAGUGUGCUUGGAAUUUUCCUUAAGCGUAGAGAUACCCCUAUCGUCAAGGCCAACAACUGGGAUCUCACUUACACACUCUUGAUUGCACUUCUGCUCUGCUUUCUCUCUUCCUUGUUAUUCCUUGGUGAGCCAGGGAAGAUAACUUGCCUUCUCCGGCAACCAGCAUUUGGCAUUAUCUUCUCACUUGCGGUUUCUUGUGUGUUAGCUAAAACUAUUACUGUAGUUAUAGCUUUCAUGGCUACUAAACCAGGUUCUUCAAUAAGAAAAUGGGUGGGGAAAAGAUUGGCUCUUUCCAUUGUCCUUUCUUGUUCUUUUCUUCAAGCAGGUCUUUGCAUUCUGUGGCUGGCAACAACUCCUCCAUACCCUGAGUUAAACAUGCACUUUCUUUUGGAAACCAUGAUUUUGCAAUGCAAUGAAGGUUCUAUCUUCAUAUUUUAUUGUGUCUUGAGCUACCUGGGUCUCUUGGCUAUUGCCAGCUUCAUUGUGGCUUUCCUUGCCCGUAAUUUACCUGACAGUUUUAAUGAAGCCAAGUUCAUUACCUUUAGUAUGUUGGCCUUCUGCAGUGUGUGGAUCUCCUUUGUUCCAACCUAUCUGAGCACCAGAGGAAAAGCCAUGGUGGCUGUGGAGAUCUUUUCCAUCUUGUCCUCCAGUGCUGGGUUAUUGGGAUGUAUCUUUUUCCCAAAAUGCUUCAUCAUCGUAUUGAGGCCAGAACUAAAUAGCAGGCACCAACUAAUCAAACGAAACAAUUAA